GGGGCUACCCGUUGGUGCCGUCACCUAAGGUUGUGCAUCUGCUUGGAUAAGCCAUCACUAAGUUAUUCUUUUCUCGAUAUAACGAUCGCGAUCCCCAAGUCGAUUCAUUCGUUGAAAACAGGCGGUAGAAGCCUGUUUUGUCUCGUGCCAAGCUGCCACAUCCCACAUGAUCAUGCGCUCUUGAGCUCGGCACCCUACGAUAGCCUUUCAGAUGCCCUUUGCGCAGCUCGUCGUCGGCAGCCCAGGCUCUGGAAAGAGUACCUACUGUGAUGGCAUGCACCAGUUCCUGGGCGCCAUCGGGCGAGCCUGUUCAGUCGUAAAUCUCGAUCCUGCCAAUGACCAUACAAACUACCCUGCGGCACUUGAUAUUCGCAACCUAGUUAAACUCGAAGAAAUUAUGAAAGAUGACAAGCUAGGACCUAAUGGUGGCAUUUUGUACGCCCUUGAAGAAUUGGAACAUAAUUUCGAGUGGUUGGAAGAGGGACUGAAAGAAUUCAGUGAAGAUUACGUUCUUUUUGACUGUCCGGGACAGGUGGAACUAUACACACACCACAACUCCCUACGGAAUAUUUUCUACAAACUCCAGAAGAUUGGGUACAGGCUUGUCUGCGUCCACCUCUCGGAUUCUUUCUGUCUAACGCAACCCUCACUAUACGUGUCGAACGUCCUCCUUUCCCUCCGAGCCAUGAUCCAGAUGGACAUGCCGCAUAUAAACAUCCUCUCGAAGAUCGACAAAGUCUCAGAGUAUGACGAGCUCCCGUUCAACCUCGACUAUUACACAGACGUAGACGACUUGACAUAUUUAACGCCCCAUCUCGAAUCAGAAUCGCCAGCUUUGAGGAGCGAAAAGUUUGGCAAGCUGAACGAGGCUAUCGCAAAUCUGAUCGAGAGCUACGGUCUGGUGCGUUACGAGGUCCUGGCGGUUGAAAACAAGAAAAGCAUGAUGCACAUUCUUCGUGUCAUUGAUCGUGCCGGUGGAUACGUCUUUGGUGGUGCUGAAGGUGCCAACGACACAGUGUGGGCGGUCGCCAUGAGGAGUGAGUCGUCUAUGUUAGAGGUGCAGGAUAUCCAGGAGCGCUGGAUUGAUCAAAAGGCGGAAUAUGACCAAAUGGAGCGUGAGGCAGAGGAGGAGCAGGCUCGUAUUCAAGAAGAACAGGCCAUGGAGCUGGACCAAAGCGAACCAUUUGCUCCAGCGGGUGGAAUGGACCCUGACUUUGGAGAUAUGACAGUCCCAAAGGACAGUGGGAUCAAGGUAGUUAGAAAAAAAUGAUACCCGUUCAUCAAUCCGCAUCAUCCAUUUCUUCAUCACUCGACACGUCGUUGGCGUCCAGAAUCAUUUCGUCCUGAUUACGCAGCGAAAGGCUGAGAGAAGAUUGGGAGUCCGUGUCUUCCUUUGCAGCAAGGAUGAG